CAUGGCGGCCUCCUGGGCUGCGGGUGGCGGGGCGAGUGUGACCCAGCGCGGGGCGCGUCGUCGGCUCCGGCUGCUCCUCGGGAGUGCUGGGCGAUUCCUGGUUCGGGGCUUCCGUACUGCAGUGGCCUUUCAGUCAGAAGAUGAGCACUGUGCGGCUGAAGUAGUGAACGUGGUGUUCAUAGAUCGAUCUGGGCAAAGGAUCCCAGUACAAGGCAAAGUUGGGGAUGACGUGCUGCAUUUGGCUCAACAACAUGGCAUUGACUUAGAAGGUGCCUGUGAAGCCUCCCUGGCCUGCUCCACCUGUCACGUCUAUGUGAGCCAUGACGCUGUGGACAAGCUUCCCUCCCCUGAUGAACGGGAAGAGGAUAUGUUGGACAUGGCACCGCUGCUUCAGGAGAACUCCCGCUUGGGCUGCCAGGUCAUCCUCAGCAAAGAACUGGAAGGAGCAGAGUUCACCCUCCCCAAGAUCACUAGGAACUUUUACGUGGAUGGCCAUGUCCCCAAACCCCACUGAGGGCAAGAGGCAAGGGCUGGCCUGAGCCUUUUAAGCAGGUGUCAGAGAGCGAGGCAGGGGAUGCGGUUGAAGCAGACAUUAUUCUUUUCAAAAGAGAGAGAGAAUUUGCUCCGUGAGCAAGAGGAGGGUGCAGAGGAAGGAAUUUUGGAUCAGCCCAAUACAGCCUCUCAUAAAGCCCAAGCUUCCAUCUCUCUGUGCCUUCUUCCAUAAGCCAUCACUGGGUACCCAUCACCUCAUUCGCAGCAUGAGAAGGAUGCUGGGGGAAGAAACUCCCACUUCCUCAAGCCUUGUGGCCAGAAAAAUAUUUCAUAGGGAGAAGAGACGUUCCUGCAUAGUACCCAUAGAGGGCCAUAGGCUUCCGUACGGGUACUUUCGACUGCAUGGGCAGAAAGAAGCGAGAAACGGGGUUAUUUUCACGAGCACUUUGGUUGUAUUAUUUCUAGUUCUGUUUUUGUGUUUUCUCCUGCGCUUUGAUCUCUGUUGGGGCCUUCUUGUCUCUCAUCUGUCUUUUAACUGUGGCAAAAUCUGUUUGAAAUCUGUUUCUGUUACAAUUUGUAUCACCUAACAAGCAUUGGAAGAGGGUCACCUGGUCCACAUUCCCCUCUUAUUUGUAUCAGUAAAGAUGUAAAAGCAGGCACCAGUGGCAGCUACUGUUUUUGCCUUCAUACAACGUCGCUCUUCGGAUGC